CCGAACAAGAAGGAGACCCAAGCCGACAGCACCCCUCUGAAAACUAGUAAGAAAGCUUGGUUUUUGCCUUUCUUUUCUUGUUCAAGAACAAGAUUUAAAGCUUAGAAAUCUCCGCCCCUACAAAGAAAUUUCCAGAUCUGCUCUGCUCUUCCUCCCCUGUCCGUUAGUUUCUGCUAUGUGGUGUGAAUUUUUGGGCUUUUUCUAGUAAGCAACAACCAUGAUUUCCUCUCUUCAGCUCUAAAUUGGCUUGGGUUCACUCUAAUUGCUUUUAUUUCUAUCAAUUUCGUGUUAGUUCUUUGCAAAUCCCAUCCCUGCCAUACCCGCCAGAUCUGGUUUUGCUUGCCGAAAAAUUUCAGAAGUGAAGUCAAGGACGGGGAAAAAUGAGGAGAGUGAUGAGUUUAGAAGGCUAGCCAUCUUGUAAAUUGAACAUAGAUUUUAGAUAUAAAUCAUGAUCUUGUAAGCUAGACUUUAUUUGGAGAAUUAUGAUAUCAAGGCAAAUUUUAUAAUUUUAUCUUCAGAUUUUGUAGUAUCAGAUUGUGCCUGACAAACCCCCCAAAGCCACCGACUUCCUCUUCCUUUGAAAACUGAAAAAGGGGCUUGAAAUUCUCCUUCUUUCUUGUUCAAUCACAAGAUUUGGGGCUUAGAAUCUUCUCCCUCAACCUAUAAAAUCCUGGUCCUGCUCUGCUCUUCUCCUUUGUCCGCCGGCUGCUAUGUGGGUGUGAGAGUUUGGGCCUUUUUCUGAGCCGUGAGUCCCCUACAGAAAAUUCCCGCCGGCCUCUUCCCCCCUGCAGCUUCGGUUCUUGCUGGAAAAUUCUGGAGUAAUCCCGUGACUUAGCCAUUGUUGGCCAAAGCCGUGGGUCUCCAUUGCUUGUCCGGGAAAUAGGAAUGAAUUUUGGGUAGCUUUAAGCUAUGUUUUUAAGUGUGGUUUAUGUAGAAAAUUAGCUUGAUUUGGCCUGUUGUGAUUUUUGGAGAAAACCCGUGAGAUUAUUUUGGAGGAUUGCAGUCACUGUUCACUGCAGGUCACUGUUCACGGGUACUGUUCACGGAUACUGUUCACACACCAAGGGUUAAUGAUUAACGGGGAUUUAAAGGUUUAGUUUGUGAUAUAAGAAUGAAUUUGGAGAUGUCUGGUUAUGUGGAGAUUGAUAGAAAUAGCACUGUGAUUAGGGAUAGUGCUGAUGAUGAUUUUACUGUGAAUUUGUGGUUGUACGGUAUUGAUUCUGAGGUGUUUUGAUUAGGUUUUGAUCGUUCUGUCACCGUAGCACUUGGGUUAGCCUUCUGUUCUGUGUGAGUGAGGUAAGUAAAUUAUGGUAAAGUUCUUCGAUUUUAAAGCAUGUUUUAAACUGUUUUUGAGAUGGUGGCAAGGUUUAAAGUGAUUUUAAAUUGAUUUUAUUAGCAUAUGAAUGUGAUUAAACUGAAAUGGAAAUUGUGAUGGUUUUCAUGAGAAUUUCACUGUUUUUUGGAAUUGAACAUGUUUGGAAUGAAAGUGAGAAUUUCAUUGUUUUUCUGGAUUUAUUGCACCGAGCAUGAUUGGUUUGAAAUGAAACUGUUUUCAUUGGUAUUGAGUACAGCAUGCCUAUUUGGAAUUGACUGAACUGUUUUGAUGAACUGAGAGUUUGUAAAUUUUGAGUUUUCUGAUAAAUCCAUGCCCACAUGGAAUUUUUCUGGUUAUUUCUGAAAUUGGGAUUGAUUGUGAAAUUCGGGUUUUCUGUAAGCUCUGCAUGGUUUUGUCUCGGAUAUAGUCAUGAUUACUGAUUACUGUGCUCGCUAGUGGGAGGUUUAUAAACGCUAGCACAUGUCGACAUGUUUACUGAUGGAACCGAUUCACCCUACCAAUGGGGUUAAACAUUGGUAAUUACUGUCGCCUGCCAGUGGGAGUUGUAAACACUGGCACCAUUACUGUCGCCUGCCAGUGGGAGUUGUAAACACUGGCACCAUUACUGACGCCUGCCAGUGGGAGUUGUUAAAUGCUGGCACUUCUGUAACCUUGCCUAUGGGGUUAAACAUUGGCAACUACUGUGCCCGCCAGUGGGAGGUUUAUAAACGCUGGCCAUGACUUAUAGGUGAGACUACUGAACUGAGUUUUA